AGAUGACCCAAGAAGAUCAUACCUUCAUCGAUGAUGGAGAGCUGGAAGCUCUUGGCUACCAGAGGGAGAUGCCCAGGCAAUUCUCUACGCUCAGUCUGGGCGCACUCUCCUUUACUCUCACUUGCACUUGGCUCGGAACUGGAUCCUCUGUGGGCAUUAGCUUGACUGAGGCUUCUUCAGCUGGAACAAUCUGGUCAUUGCCUAUCGCUGGCAUUAUGACCAUGGUUGUCACACUUGGCAUGGCAGAGCUGGCAUCCGCAUACCCGGCUGCUGGAGCACAGUAUUAUUGGUCUUUCAUGGUUGCUAGAGAGGACUACAAACCGUUUGCUGCAUAUGUCAACGGCUGGCUCUCGGUUCUAGGCUGGUGGCUUGGAUCAGCAUCUGUUUCCAACUUCGUUGCUUCGAUGAUUCUUGCCAUUGUCACACUCUGGUAUCCAGAUUAUGAGAUGCAACGAUGGCAUCAGUGGCUGAUAUAUUGUGGACUCGUAUGGCUCGCAAUUGCACUCAACGUCUUUGGUUCUGGCCUCAUCCCAUUAUUCAAUCAGUUCUUGUUCUUUCUUGCAGUACUCACCUUGUCUGCUACCACGAUCACUCUCCUAGUCUGCAGCAGAAAUCAUUAUCCCUCCAGUUCCUGGGUUUUUAGCGACACCACAAACUCGACCGGGUGGCCAAGCGAUGGCUUUGCAUUCAUUUUGAGCAUUAGCAAUUCUGUUUACGCCUUUCUGGGUAGCGAUUGUGGGGCCCAUCUUUGCGAAGAAAUCCAAAACCCAGGCCGAAAUGUGCCCAAAGUCAUGCUGUGGCCCCUUGUAAUUGGACUUAUUACCGCCUGGCCAUUCGCCGUGUCCUGUAUGGCAGCGAUCGUGGACCUUGACUCUGUCAUCACCACUGCUACUGGGUUACCCCUCAUCGAGAUCUACUAUCAAGGGACGGGCUCGAGAGCUGCUGCUUCAGUACUGAUGGCUCUGUUUGCAUUUUGUUUCUUUGGCUGUCUCACUGGAAAUGCUACAACUGCAUCACGCACGCUUUGGGCUGUGUCUCGUGAUAACGCUUUGCCAUAUUCUUCUCUGUGGAUGCGUGUCAGCCACCGCUUCAAAAUGCCUCUCAAUGCUAUGUGUCUCUCUGGCACUGUAGUCUCUCUCUACGGACUCAUCUUUCUCGGCUCAACUGCUGCUUUUUCUGCCAUGGUCUCUGCAGCCAUUGUCUUCCUUCAGACUUCAUGCAUAGCCCCACAAGCUAUCCUCCUCUACCGUGGCCGUGACAAGGUCCUUCCUCCCCGCUACUUCUCGCUUGGUCAAUACGGAACCGCUGUCAAUGCAACUGCAGUGAUCUGGGUGAUAUUUCUCGAUAUCAUUUACUGCUUUCCAACAGCCAUGCCAGUUACCCCUCAGAACAUGAACUUUGUAUCGGUCGUUACUAUUGGGCUAACACUGUUUGUUCUCGGUCUUUGGUUUACAUCGAAAAGGGGCAAGUUCGUUGGCCCCAAGAUCAAUAUGGCAGAAUUGGAAGCAAGACGGUUGGCUGCAAUGGGUGGGUCUUCAAGCAUUGAAGGAACUGAACAACAUGCUACGGAAUACGUGACAAGUAUGAAGAGGAUGGAUUAAGUGCUUGUGUAUGACCAGUAGCUUUCUGCUGCAUCCGAGGAAUUUCUGGCAUGGUUCCAAGACAUGUAAGCAAUC